CUCCACAAAAUCUCAUGUCUAUCUAGAGAGUAGAACACACUCUACCUAAAAUAAAUUGAAAGUUAAGUAAGUGUUUAUCACACGUCCAUGCAAAUAUAUAAAAAUAUAGGGAGUAAAGUUGAAUUAAAUAAUAUUUCCAUUUCACUCAUUAAUGCAUCCAAGGAGUACGUAGAACGUAUGCAAUUAUAAAAUGAAGUUUGUCCCUCCAUUGACAAUAGAGAGAGAGAGUGGCCAUGGAAGAAGAGCAGACGAAGAAGCAAAGUCUGGAAUCCCCUCUUAUUCUGCCGCCGAGGGAGGACGAUGGGGGAUGUUUUACGAGGUAUGAGACAUGGGAGGAGGUGAAAAGGCAGCUCCGGUUAGCUGGGCCACUGAUGACGAUGAACGUGUUGAUAAACUGUUUGCAAAUGAUAUCAGUGAUGUUCGUGGGGCACCUCGGGCAGCUCCCUCUAGCAAGUGCUUCCAUGGCUACUUCCUUCGCUGCUGUCACUGGUUUCAGCCUCCUCAAUGGAAUGUGCAGUGCAUUAGAGACAUUUUGUGGGCAAUCAUAUGGAGCAAAACAAUACCAUAUACUUGGAAUUCACUUGCAAAGAGCUAUGGUUGUUCUUCUUCUCAUCAGCUUCCCACUCGCCGGCGUCUGGUUCAACGCCGGCGUCAUUCUCCAGUUUCUCGGUCAAGAUUCCGAGAUCGCCACAGAAGCUGGCCACUACGCCCGUUGUAUGGUUCCCAGCAUUUUUGCGUACGCCAUUCUUCAAUGCCAUGUCCGUUUCCUGCAGACCCAGAACAAUGUUCUUCCGGCUACUGCAGCCGCCGCUGCCACGGCGGUGCUCCACUGCUUUGUAUGUUGGGCUCUAGUUGUCAGGUUGGGGUUGGGGAACCGAGGGGCAGCAUUGGCCAAUGCUGUGUCGUACUGGAUAAAUGCGGCGGCGAUGGUGGUUUAUGUUAGAGUUUCGCCAUCGUGCCGGAAGACGUGGACAGGAUUUUCCGGUGAGGCUUUUUGUGGGAUUUUGAACUUCCUUAAACUCGCCAUUCCUUCUGCCCUCAUGCACAGUUUGGAGAUAUGGUCAUUUGAGAUGGUGGUUUUAUUAUCAGGGCUUCUUCCCAAUCCAAAGCUUGAAACUUCUGUUCUAUCAAUCAGCCUUAAUACAUGCUCAAUGAUUUACAUGAUACCCCUUGGAAUAAGUGGUGCUGUGAGUACAAGAGUUUCAAAUGAACUUGGGGCAAUGAGGGCAAAGGCGGCCAUCUUAGCGGGACGUGUUGCAAUGGGGAUGGUGAGCAUAGAGGGUGCAAUUGUAGCCACCAUCAUCAUCAUUGAUAGAAGAUUAUGGGGAUACUUUUACACAAGUGAUGACACUGUUGUUGCAUAUUUGGCUCAAAUCUUGAUUUUGCUUGCAGUUGUCCACAUCUUUGAUGGAAUUCAAUCUAUUUUCUCAGGUAUCACAAGAGGAUGUGGAAGGCAAAAGAUUGGUGCUUUUAUUAACUUGGGAGCUUAUUACCUUGUGGGCAUCCCUAUGGCCAUCUUUUUAGCCUUCUUUCAAGGCAUUGGAGGAAAGGGACUAUGGAUGGGAAUCAUGAUGGGAGUGUUUAUUCAAUCUUUACUUCUUGGGAUCUUGAUUUUGUGCACCAAUUGGGAUAACGAAGUUAAGAAAGCAGUGGAAAGAAUUAGUAGAUCGAUAUCAGAAAAUGUUUUGGAAUGAUAUUAAUGCCAAAAUACAAAUUCAUUUAGUUCUCAAAUUUUAGCAUAUUUAUGUAGUGAUCCGUUAGAUACAUUGAUCAUCACACAUUUUGUGAAUGAAUAUUCACAACUAAAAUGAAUAAUUCUUCUAAUCUUUUGGAUGCUUAAUGUAUUUGAAUUAUAAACUCUGAAUAAUUCUUCUAAUGUAUUUGAAUUAUAAACUUGUUUGACGUUGGCAA